AUGUCUUCUGGAAAUGCCACUGCUCCCGACCUGGGGAAAAUGUCCACAUCUGACAUUGUGUUCCAUUUGCAUGAGUUCGACGACUCCCCUAUCAAUCGGUACAUGCAACACUGGACCCUGCGCUUCGAUGCACUCCUAGACACGAAGAAGCUGUGCGUAGCUCUCACGCAUCUUCUCAGCCUGGGCGAUUGGAGAAAAUUAGGCGGCCGCUUGCAGUUCAACAAAGUCGGCAAGCUCGAGAUCCAUGCACCAAGAACAUAUAGCCACGAGCGUCCAGCAUUUCAAUUUUCAGAAGAGACUUUCUCGGUGAAAACCACGGACCAUCCUGUUGCGAAAAACCUCCCGAGGGCAAGAGGCAAGCCCGAAUUGUUUCCUGGUAUCACUUCGCAAUUCAACUCCUUGACCCUUGGACCGGAAUGGGCGCUUGACUUUACUGAACACAUUCGUCGACAAGAGCCCAUUAUUGGUGUUCACAUAGCUCUCUUCAACGAUGCAACGUUGAUCAGUAUCCGCUGGGUUCAUGUGGUAUGUGAUUUCAUGGGGAUUAAAGCUCUGGUCCUGGCCUGGUCGAUGGAUCUUCACGGACGCUACGAUGAUAUCCCACCUUUCAUGGGUGCAUACGACGACCCUCUGAAGAAUAUUGGAUCAGUGCCGCCCAGAGAACCUUACGCUCUGGCGGGUAUGCAACUGAGCCCUGAAGCAUUCAAAAAGACGUACGAAAAAUACUUAGAGCAUGUCGCGAGAUACCCAGUAUCGGUGCGGCGCAUGCUCGUGUUACCAGACUCCACCUUACAGAGGAUCAAGAUGGACUUUGUCGGUGGCCGCGAUUCGGAUAAACUCGAAGUCAUUCCAAAGGGAGCCCUCUUGAAUGGAAAAUUUGUGAGUGACGCCGAUAUUUUGGCUGCAUGGGCGGCACGGCUCUGCUGUGGUAUCCUUCCUCCAGUGGAUCAGCCCGUUCAUAUUAUGGGCAUGUAUGAGGCAAGACACUGUCUACCAGAAACAUUCCCUCAACGCAAGGACAAGCCCGAUUCGAGCCCCGUCUUCAUCGCCAAUGCAACUUUCUCGACCUCUACCAACACGACGCUUCGAGCGCUUCGGGAGCAGCCGCUAGCGAAGACCGCCCUCUUAGUGAGGGAGUCCGUGGCGACGCUGACCAAGGCGCCCCAAGUGCACGCGCAAUUGCAUCUCCUGCGGGAGUCGUACGCUAAGGACAAAGAGAACCCGCCCGUAUUUGCCGCCCAAGACUCCUUCGUCCUGGUCGUGUCCAAUUUUAGUAAAAUGGCUUUUUUCGACUCAAUCGAUUUCUCCCCCGGUGUCAUUGCCCCAGCCGUAGCCGGCCAUGGCAAGUCUCCGGGCAAGCUCGCAUGGCACCAGUGGACUUCGCUGGAGCAUAACACGCAUAUUCGCAACAUGUUCCAGGUGGGGGGCAGGGAUGGCGGGGGUAAUACGUGGAUGAUGGCAAUCUUGCCGCCUGAGACAUGGGCUGUAGUGGAGGAGCAUUUAGCCGGGCUCGCGGAUGCACGGCCAAGCAAGUUGUAG